UCCCAAGAGCCUGUAUGGCACAUAAUGAAGGAUUAAUCCUUUUUGGCAGGAAACAGCUUUUGGUGGUUUGUUGACCUCUCUCUAAGUUUCUUUUCUUGUCCAAACUAAUAGUCACAGUUAUCUAAAAAGUGACAUGGUAUAUUUGGCUUCUCCUUUGAAUGUAAAGAGGCAUGAACUUUUUUUUGAUCAUGGCUGCCAUUUCAAACAAACACUCUAGUGUUUACAUGGUUAGACACAGACGAAAUCAAGGAAUGCAUGAGGGGAAAAAUGAUUGUAUAUAGAACUACAUAGAUGUUUUUUAUUUGCUUACAGUUGUAUUCAUGUUUGCCAAGUUUUUGUUUUGUCAUCUUCUCCUCUGGACAUGAUUAGGGCUUUUUUAUAUAAAUAAAUGACCUAUUAUUAAUAAUUCAAACAUCUAUGUUUAAAUAUCUACGUCAUAACUGUGUGAAACACUGUGAAAUGGAUCACAUGAAAGACAUUAGUUGUGCCUGCUCAUCUUAUAAAGGCAGCUCAGUGUUCACCCCUGGCUCACACCAGCAGUGGGAUCUCCUCCUCUAAGCUUCAUAUACCGCUCAUCAUCCAGUCCGCUCAACAUGUCCGACCUCUUCCCUGCAAAGCUGAGGACUCUGGGCCGGUGCUUCUGUAUCAUCACAGGAGCCUCCAGGGGAUUUGGAUGGGCGCUGGCGCACAAAGUGUCCCACCUGGUGCAGCCCGGCUCGGUCCUGCUCCUGGUGGCCCGCUCCGAGGCGCUGCUGCGGACGCUGAAGGAGGAGCUGCGGAGUUUCGCCAGCGAACGGGAGCUGCACGUGCACUGCGUCGCCGCCGACCUGAGCACGAGAGACGGAGUAAAUGCCACAGUGGCGGCGGCGAAGAGGGAGCGGGCGCUGGCGGACGACGUGGACCACGUGCUUCUAGUCAACAAUGCUGCCUCUCUGGGCGACAUCUCCGGGUUCGUGAGUUUCACGGACCUGGAGCAGGUGACGUCCUACCUGUCCUUCAACGUCAGCUCCGCCCUGGCUCUGACCGCCGGGCUGCUGCAGGUGUUUCCCCACGCACCGGGCCGCCGCCGCACCGUGGUCAACGUCUCGUCGGUGUUCGCGCUGCAGCCGCUGCAGUCGUGGGUGCUGUACUGCACGGCCAAAGCGGCCCGGGGCAUGAUGUUCAGGGUGCUGGCGCAGGAGGAGCCCACCGUCAAGGUGCUCAGCUACUCCCCAGGUCCCAUGGAGACGGAGAUGCAGGAGGAGAUCCGUCGGCUGACGGGCAUCAGCCACCGCCUGCUCCCCUGCCACGAGCCCGCAGACAAACUGAUGAAGCUGCUGCUGGACUAUGACUUCCGCUCAGGGGCCCACCUGGACUUCUUCGACGUCUGACGACGUCUAUUGGCUGCGCGUGUUUAUAUCCUGGCUGAUUCAGGGGAAAGUGAACCUCAUGUUGUUGUUGUUGUUGUGUCUGUUGUGUGUUUUAAAUAAAUUGAACAAAAACA